AUGCCUACCCUCGACGUCAGCGAGCUCAACGUCGUCAUCGCCGUUCUCGGCGCCUUCAUUGUCCUCUAUGGAUUCGUCUCAGUGAAGAUCAAGCAAGUGUGGUAUCUCGGCGAAGCUUUGCCCGCCGUCUUCAUCGGUAUCAUCCUCGGCCCUAUAGCCGCGAAAUUCCUGGACGCUGAGAAAUGGGGUUCUGCUGCAUCAGGGCAGCAGGAAGCCAUCACACUCGGCAUGUGCCGUAUUGUCAUUGGUGUUCAGCUGGUCAUCGCUGGAUUUCAACUCCCCGCCAAGUACCAGCAGCUACGAUGGAAGGAAAUGGCAAUCUGCCUCCUCCCUGUCAUGACAAUCAUGUGGAUCUGCACUAGUCUGUGCAUUUUGGUCACUAUCCCCAAGUUGUCACUCUUGGCUGCACUGGUCAUUGGAUCUUGUGUUACUUGCACUGAUCCUAUCCUAUCGCAAGCUGUGGCCAAGGGUCCAUUUGCCGACAAGUUCGUCCCCCGCGCGUUGCGAGAGAUUAUCUCGUCCGAAGCCGGUGCCAACGAUGGAUUCGGUUUCCCGUUCCUUCUCUUGGCCACCUAUCUUAUCCGCCAUGCCGAUCUCGAGGGUGUCAAGUUCAAGCCUGGUAUUGAGGGCGCCAAGGAGAUUGCUCAUCGCGCAGUCGACAUACUCACCAAGCGCAGUGAGGAGGGGGGAAUUGGCCGUCUAGGAGGUGGUGUAUCCAUGGCCAUGGAGCAAUGGAUUGUCGAGGGCUGGCUUUACAUCAUCGUCAUGGCUGUCGCAGUCGGUGUGGUCCUCGGCGCUGGCAGCAUGUUUGCCAUCAAGUAUGGCCUCCGCAGGAAGUGGAUCGAUUCCGAGAGUCUUCUGCUCUGGCCCAUGGCACUAGGUCUUUUCAUCAUCGGCGUCUGUGGUGCACUCGGUACAGAUGAUCUUCUUGCCUGCUUCGUUGCCGGAAACGUCAUGAACUGGAACGGUCUUUACCUCGAAGAAACCGAGAAGCGUCAUGACGAAGUCAACAGUUGCUUCGACGUCAUUCUCAACUUUGGUGGCUUCAUGUACAUCGGAACCAUCAUCCCAUGGAGCGAGUUCCAGAUGCCAGAUGUCACCGGCAUUACAGUUGGACGCCUCAUGAUCCUCGGCUUUCUGAUCCUCGCCUUCCGUCGCAUUCCUGCCAUCUUCCUCAUGUACAAGAUCAUGCCUGACUGUGUCAAGGACUGGAAGGAGGCGCUGUUCAUGGGAUACUUCGGACCUAUUGGUAUCGGAGCUGUCUUCUACGUCGAACACACUCGCCACCUGUUCCCCAAGCCUGGUGAGGCUACCACGGAAGAAGAGGAAAAUCUCGUCGCCGCCAUGGUACCUGUCGUCUACUUCCUUGUCAUCUUCUCCAUCGUGGUCCACGGUCUAUCUAUUCCCGCCCUCGAUGCCUUCUACCGGUACAAGAAUGUCCAACCGAUUACUGAAGAUGAGCCUGCGGUGAUCCGCACUCGCUCCAUUCACGAGGCGCUUCCCAACAACGCCUCUGUUGACAGGAAGCGCAACUCGGUCUAUGUGCACAACCGAUUCUCUCGACCUAUGUCUACGCCUGGCCCAGAGCUGUACAGAUGGAACAACCAGUCGGAGAGGGAUCCGGAGAGGGACAGCGAUGCUACAUUUGGAUCCGCUACUCACGCGGAUUCUGAUGGCUAUGCGCAGAAGCUGUAUGCUAUCCAGCUUGCGGAGAAGCAAUCUCGUGAGAACUCGCGUAUGCGUUAG